CAUGCCCUCACCAUCGCCUGUAUCACGCAUAUCACCAGCCAAACGCUUCAAAAGACCAGUCUAUGCACCGACAAGCCAAGUUGUCUUCAUGGAAUCAAGAGACUUUUGGGCAUCGUAAUCCUACCGCCUGGCUUCCAGCCUUAUCUUUCCCCUCAAGACCUGCUAUGAGCUGCGAGCGUCCUGAGACCCCUCCUACGCGCAUCCAUGAGUGUACAUAAUUCGAACACCUCCACCAGCCCCAGAACCGGAGACUCGAUCUUCUAUGUCUCCAGCCGUCGGAGACACCACCCAAACCCCCGAAUCCAAAUCCACAAGUGGCUUUGCCAGUGUCUUUAAGAGCUUGACUGGAAGCAAGUCUUCGCGGGGCCCGAAUCCUCAAUCGCCAGCUGCGGUUGCACAGCAUCCCAAUGGCGCCCAUACUUUGCAGCCGGCAAUCUACGGCGGGCCUCCAAACUACGAACACCUAUACGAACAGCUGAAGCCGGAGAGACCUCUUGCAAGUCGCCUUUCUGCUGCAGAGUCUCUUCGUCUUGCUGUACAAGACUACCCUUUGAGUGGUGUCACCAGCAUAUUCAAGCAAGCAAAGGACCUCAUCGAUCGAACAAACCCAAGAGAAGGCCGAACAGCAGGGUUUGAGUUGUUGACUGCUUGCGUUCAGCAGUCGACUUCGACAGAUCCUGAGCGAUUUGCGUACUUUCGUGUCCUCACAGCUCCGGCGAAUCCUGAAGACUUCCAUCUGCAACUUGCUUCGUUGGUCGAGUUAGCAAAGCACGGGAAGGACCUUUCAGGUUUCCACUACGAUACCUUGCCCCUGUUGACCUCAUGGCUCCGAGAGAACUUCGCCAUUACAUCGGCUGCGAGACGUCAGAACAAAGCAACAAAAAGCAAGGCCCCCCUGGGCGAGGAAACCAAUCUAUCCCGGCUUUUCGCCUUCAUUGUAGAUGUUAUCAAAUUCAACUUCAAUAUCUCUAGCGGGGAGACAACUGGUGAUCUUAUUGACGUAAUCCUCGAUAUAUGUGUCAACACGCCCCAAGCGACCGACUUGAGCGCGUGUGUCAACUUGAUCGAUGCCAUCGUCACCUAUGGGGAUAUUCCCAACAGCAAGUUGUUGGGCUGUGUCAAGGUCCUUUGCUCUAUACACUGCCUCAUUGACAAAGUUCAGCCAGAUGCUUGGCGGUCAAUUAGCAAUCUCUGCAAGUCUCACAACGGCCAGACAACCGUGAGAAUUCUUCUGGACAUCCUUCGCGAUCCUUCUGUUGUUGCAGCAAGUGGAAAGCAAGCCAUUCGUGAAAUUCGCGGGGCUCUGUCGGUACUGGAAAAGUUGUUCUCCAAGGACGGCCAGGAUGGAUAUCCUCUGGUUCCCUUCACUCUCCUAAUCGCGGCUCUUGGAAACGUUGUUGCUGUUGAGCGCGUAAGGAUGAAGGUGGAGAACGACGUACUUCGUCUCAUUUUAUCCCUUUUCAAUGAUGGAGGUCAGAAGAUCAAGCAAAAUGUGAUGGAGGAGGAUUGGUCCAAGAUGUUUGCUGUCGUCAUCAGCUGCUCGCAGCGCGUGUUGGAAACCGCCGAUGGUCACCAAAUUACAAGUAGAUCCGGGAUAUCAAGCCUCUUAGCCAAGGAGAAUACGAGUGAUCAGAUUCUCGCCAAUGUGACAGAAACUCUCAACACUCUCAUUCUCCGAAUAGAGGAACUGCUCACCAAGUUUUCUGAUGGCGACUUCUUCCAACGGGAGGACUGUAUCAAGUUUUUCGUCGCAGUUCAUCCACAUCUACCCGAGUCGUGUGCCAAAUGGGUGAUUGACUAUUACAUGGAAUAUCGUUACUGCUAUCCAUCGGAUUUGGAAUGGAAGGACAACACCAAGGUGAUUCUGGCUGCAUUCUUUGUCGACCGCUCUCAGCCUACUCAUAUUCGAUUGCAUGCGCUCCAUGCAGUUACUGAAGUUUGGGCAGUCAUUGAAAUGAUGGAUGGACAUGACGACGCUGACACCAUCCAAAUUUUCGUCACGUCAGUUCUGGAUGACAUCAGUGACGAGAAGGACAUCCCAGUCCUGCAAGAGGUCGUUGCGUUUGCUACAACCGUUGCCGAAAUUGCGGAUGAGUCAUUAUUCAUCGACAUUAUGAAUGCUCUUCGUGGAAGCAUUGCGAGUGACCGCCUUCAGUCACCUCUUGGAUCACCGCCCGGGUCUCGGCAGGGUAUGUUGACCGCAGGCCGACCAACCUCGGUUUCCAACAGUCUAGUCCAGACUGCAUCAAACGUCGUUACAAGAGGCCUUAUUCAAAUCUUCAUGAGAGCCAUGGAUAAGUCUAGUCGUAAAGCUUUAAAGGUCUUUGAUGAAAUCCUGUGGAUUGCGAAAUCUCAUGUAUGUGAGACCGAUGCUCGGAUUUCAGCUAUGAGGAUGCUUCUUCGAUUGCGAGCUGAUUGGGCGAAUCGGAUCUUCCUGACACCUUUCAUUGAAUGUGAAGGGCUUGCAGCCUCUCUGUACAGAACCCCAGCUUCUCUAGCACGAAAACAAGCAGCCGACGAAGCCGCCCAGCAGCACCGGUCUACUCGUGUUGAAGACUUAGGCAGUUCUCGCAUAUCACGGAGUGUUUCGUUCGGCCAAGGUCAAUCUCAGAAUAAACAACCGGUUCGGACCGGCAGUGCUAUGAACCGAACGCUGCAACGGAACCACCAGAUGUGGAUGUGGCCCGACCCGAACCCACUGCCGGAGGAGCCUGCUGAUAAAGCCAGUCCGAUGCUGACUUCCGUGACCGAGAUGGAAGAGUGCGAGGAGGGCCAGGCUGACUGUAUAAAGGAAGACGGUGGACCCGAGACCGAAACUCAACUGUUAUUUGUUGCAGGUCUAAUCAAUAAGACUGCUCUACCUGUUGGUCAGUAUCUGGAUGCUGUAAUUGGACUCUUCCAGAACGGUUGUGAUUGGGAGGUGUACAGCUACAUGCUUGUGCAUCUUCCUUCUCAACUUACUAAUCAAGCCCUGUUUGCCAGCGCUCUUUCACAGGUCAAGUUGUUGAGGGAGUUGUUGUGCGAUCAGAUCAAGAACAGCAGUUUCCAGGAGCCUCCAAUGUCUUCGGGAUUGCGCAAGGCUGAUGUUGCGAUAUGCCUCUAUCAGGUCCUGACCAUGGUUAUGGGCUACCACCAGCAUUUCAAUAAAGUCGACCAGGACGAGAUUGUAAGAACGUUUCUGCACGGGGUUGGAGAACGAACUUCCAAGUGUUGCAUUCAUGCCCUCUCAAUAUGCUGUCAUGAGCUCCCGGGAUCAACUGGCAAGGCGCUUGUGACCAUACUUCAAAAGAUGUCACAGAUCAUCACUCAAAGUCACGUCGCAAUUCACAUUCUAGAAUUUCUGGCAUGCCUUGCUAGACUACCAAAUCUCUACGUGAACUUCAGGGAAGAUGAGUAUCGGAUAGUCUUCGCCAUCUGCUUCCGCUACCUCCAAUAUGUGCGCGACCAGCAGGUCAAAGAAGGCCCGAAUCGCAACAGCCUUCCGAAUCCAAAAAGCUCGAUUACCUCUGUCGAAGGCUCACGCACGCCUGCGGACAACGGUCUUGCGGAGAGCAAUCUUCGGCCCAACACAUCUGAUGACCUUCCGCAGUAUGUGUAUGCCUUGGCCUAUCAUGUCAUUAUAUUCUGGUUUCUGUCGCUGAAACUCGCGGAUCGUGCCGGUCAAGUUAGCUGGAUCACUAAGAAUUUGGUCUCAACUGAUCUGAACGGCAAAGAGAAGAUCGACGAGCAAGCGCAGGUCGCUCUGGAUUUCAUGCAGAGGGUGGCUUAUGCUGAUGUCGACGAGUCCAGUCCCGAUCCUGCUUUUAAUGAAGGCACAUUUGGAGAGAUCAAACAGAAGCGGUGGAUCGUUGGAAACAGUCUGAUAACCGUCCAGCAAGCGACACGAGGAGACUGGGCUCAAAUCACGAAGCGCCAGCCCUCGGGAACUUCCUCCUACGUUAUCCAGGAGAGAUUCACACGGCCACCUGCCCACCAGGAACAAGUCAUGACCGAUGCUAUGAAGGAUGGGCGGCACUCAGAUGACAACGUGAAACUACCAAGCCACCUUUUACUACAAUUAACUGCCUCGGUUCCUCAGUUCGGUGAAUCACUGCGUCCGAUUCCCCUUCCAGAAGAUGAUUUCAUGGAACGAGUCAUCAAACAGUUCAACCGCAGUUUCACCGUUGAUGGCCAUAAAGUCGGCGUGAUCUACAUUGGCGAAAAUCAGACUGGGGAAGUCGAGAUUCUAUCAAACAUACAAGGAAGCAGCGAUUACACGGAAUUUCUGUCCGGCUUGGGUACUCUCACCAAAUUGAAAGGUGCCAGAUUCAACACUCAGGGCUUGGACCGUCAAUCCGACUCAGACGGCGAGUAUACAUUCUGUUGGCGCGACAGGGUCACGGAGAUCGUUUUCCAUGUUACUACUCAGAUGCCAACAAACCUUGACCAGGAUCCUCAAUGCAUCAAUAAGAAACGACACAUUGGCAAUGAUUUUGUGAACAUCAUCUUCAAUAAUUCCGGCAAACAAUUUCGAUUUGAUACAUUCCCUUCGGACUUCAACUAUGUCAAUAUCGUGAUCACACCGGAGUCGCGGGAAUCUUUUGUUGCCUCACGCUUCAGGUCCAAAGCACAUGCAAGGAAUGCGUUUUAUAAGGUGCAUGUUAUGAGCAAACCUGGCUUUCCGGAGAUCUCACCUGCCGCCGAGACGAAAAUCAUGAGCCUGACUGCACUGCCCGGGUUUAUCCGUUUGCUCGCGCUCAAUGCAUCUGUGUUCUCGCAAGUAUGGGCAAACAGGGAAGGGGGGGAGCAUGUUUCGUCGUGGCGAAACAGAUUGCGGGAAAUCAACCGUAUUCGAGACCGAUAUGGACCAAAACACCCAAGUUCGACACCAACCUCACCUCCUGGGACUUCGAACGGCGCAUCAACUGACGCAAGAAAUGUGCGGGAUAGUCUCAACAGCCUGAGGAGAUCCUCGGUUGCAAAUUUCCUCUCGAAUGCGACAGAGACGACUUCUCAGCGGUCCUCUGUCCUUUCAAUGGCUGACACGGAGGUCGGGCCGAGCCCUAGUAAAGAAAGUCUUAUAGACAGCCUUGAUUUUUCGAGGUGGGCAUAAUUUAUAAUAUAGCAUUUAAUAUAUAAAAAAUUCAAUAAAAAAAAACUACAAAUAUUAUAUGAGGU